AAAUAAUGGAGAUAAAUAUGUAAUAUAAUACUAAUUAUUUAAAAUACAACAUGUCAAAUUCAGUAACAAAUCAAUCCGAAAAGGAUUUUUUUCUAGAUAUACUUACUUUAGGAUUAGUAACAAAACUGAAAAAUACAAAAACCAUCGUCUCUCUCAACAUCGAAAACCGCAUACCAUGCAACCGUUUAACAAUCAGCGCUUGGGAACAAAAUAAUUCUAUAACUUUGCCCCAAGACUUGAAAGAAUUCUACGCUUCGACCGAUGGCUUUUUUUUAACAUGGAAAAGUCAAACAGAAGACUACAAAGGGGAAAGAGAUUCACUCGUUGCUAGCGGCGAAGUAAAAAUAAACUCGUUGACGUACGUUCGUAAACUUCGUUUCGGAAAUCAGCGUAAAUUCGACGAUCAUCACUUACAUUACCAUAAUCCUAGAAAACAGAAAAAAGAACGCGAACAAUUAAGAGCUAAUCAAAUGAUGGCAUUUGCGCUGAGUCAACAUAACGAUGCGGGAACUAUAUGCUUGGUUUAUCAUUUGAACGAUCAAACGGAUCACAAUUCAGCUGCGAAUAGAAAAGCGCCGAUCACGUCUUCCAUUUGGUUAUUAGACACCGGAAACAGUUGGCAUUUUUUAGCUGAUGACUUUUCAUCGUAUUUUAGAAUGAUGUUGAUUCAUUUAGGAUUGAAACAAUGGCAGUUGAAGUUCACUGACAUUGGAUUAACGACUAGUACAAAAAGAAUAAUGACCCUAUUGGCACCUCAUCUAUUAUUAGAAGAUUUUCCAAAUAAUUCUAACGACGUACCGAAAAAUAUCAUCAAUACGAGUCUCUUUAAAAUGGGAUACGGACCAUCGAGGACGAAAUCCGCCAAGGAGAAAAACGAAACGCAGACGAAAAAAAAUAGUACUUAAAAUGAGAAUUUUUUUCACGUAAAAUAUGCGAAAUUUAUUUCAUAUAAAAUAAUGAAAAUGAAUUAUACUUAAUAUAUUAAACAAUCACAACAUGAAA